AUGUCCAAACGAUCAUUCUCAGAUUACUCGUCGGAAAGUAUCAGCCAAGAUGCUAUCUCACAGAUUGUCCAGCAAGCUGAGGACCUGUUACGAGCUGCAAGGGUAUUGAAAGACGGGCUCGAUAAUGGCAAACGCCAGGAUGAGAAUGCUGUAGAGCGGUUGCGUGAGAUCAACAACAGACUGUCCCCAGCGAUCAAUGAGCUUGGCAAACCCAGCAUGGUCUCAUCCCACAAGUUGCCAAAGCUUGACAAGUCUCCUGAUAUUCUCAUCCCAUCCACUGCUGCUUUGACACCAUGGUCGCCGGAGGACCUUGCCUCACCACGCCCAAUAUUACCACCCGUCCUCGACCCGGCCCUGGAGAGAGCUGCGUUCACGCACCAAGGCAUGGUGAGUCAGGGUGAGCAGAGCUACGAGAGGCUGGAGUGGAUUGGAGAUGCCUACCUAUAUCUGAUGUCAUCGGCCUUCAUAUAUCAAUCAUUCCCCAAGCUGCCUGCAGGACGUUGCUCCCAAUAUCGCGAGCUACUGGUCCGGAACAAGACUCUGUCUCAGUACACUUCGGACUAUCACAUGCAGAGACGACUCAGAUUUCCACCGGAGUUUGACCCAACGAACAACGCGGGUGGGACUCUCAUGGCAGACAAGCAGAAGAAGAAGAUCUUGGGCGAUAUUUUCGAAUCCUAUGUCGCUGCCGCCAUCUUGAGUGACCCUGCUCAGGGUUUAUCACAGGUAUCGAGCUGGAUGAAAGCACUCUGGGCUGAGGAACUCAAGGAGGAGUUGUCUAGUGAAUUUCGCAGGCGCGCUCAAGCUCCCACACAGCCUGCGAACGGGGAGAGCGCAGGUCAGCCAGCACAGGACCUCUAUCCCAAGGUUGUGCUUUCCCGUACUAUCGGUGCUCCAGGAGUGAGGAUUGAAUACAGGGACGAAGGCAAGCCCGGAACAGAGAAGAAAACCGGCUUGCCAUGGUAUACGAUAGGCGUCUACCUCGAUGGAUGGGGCGUGAAGAACUACAAGAUGGGGUAUGGCGGUGCUCUGUCGAAGAAAGAAGCGGGCCAGAAGGCAGCGCAGGCUGCUUUGAACAACAAACAGAUGAUCGAGAAGUUUGCCCAAAAGAAGAAGGACUUUUCAGCGGCAAUGGAGGCACAGAGGGAAUAUGCUGAGUGGAAGGCAUAG